UGCAGGCUUUGAUACUUGAGCUCAACACCUUCAGAACAAUACAUGGAAAAUAGGAACAAUGUGACUGAGUUUAUCCUUCUGGGGCUCACACAGAACCCAGAGGGGCAAAAAGUUCUAUUUGUUAUGUUUCUACUCAUCUAUGUUGUGACAGUUAUGGGAAAUCUUCUCAUCGUGGUGACAAUUCUGUUCAGCCAGUCCCUGGGAUCCCCCAUGUACCUGUUCCUGGCUAAUUUAUCCUUUAUCGAUACUGUCUACUCUACAGCCAUUGCUCCCAAAAUGAUUGUGGACUUGUUCUAUGAGAAGAAGACCAUUUCCUUCCAGGCAUGUAUGACCCAGGUUUUUCUAGAUCAUUUAUUUGCAGGUGCUGAAGUCAUUCUUUUGGUGGAGAUGGCCUAUGACAGAUACGUGGCCAUCUGCAGACCUCUUCACUACCUGACCAUCAUGAAUCGGCGUGUGUGUGUUCUCAUGCUGCUGGUGGCCUGGAUUGUAGGGUUCUUCCACUCAUUGGUUCAAUUUCUCUUUGUUUAUCAGCUUCCUUACUGUGGCCCCAAUGUCAUUGAUAACUACAUAUGUGAUAUGUAUCCUUUGUUGAAACUUGCCUGCACUGAUACCUACCUCAUUGGACUUUGUAUGAUAGCUAAUGGAGGUGCAAUUUGCACUGUCACCUUCUUCAUUCUCUUAGUUUCCUAUGGGAUCAUAUUAUACUCCCUUAAAACUCAUGGAUUGGAAGGGAAACGCAAAGCUCUCUACACCUGUGCAUCCCACAUCACCGUGGUUAUUUUAUUCUUUGUCCCUUGUAUCUUUCUAUUUGCUAGGCCCAGUUUGAACCUUCCCAUUGAUAAAUACAUAACUGUGGUUUUAACUUUCAUAACUCCCAUGUUGAACCCUUUCAUCUAUACUCUGAGGAAUGCAGAAAUGAAAAAUGCUAUGAGGAAACUUUGGAGUAAAAAAGUAGCCACAGUUGGAAGCAGGUUGUAUUUCACAUACGGAGCAUGA